GCCGCGCGGUCGCCAGCGUAGUAUUUUGGGAAGGGGACCGCGGCCAGCAAGCAACUCGACGCAGAAACGUGGCGAGAGCGAUAGAAUGGUGUCGACCAAGUGCCGCAUCGUCGACUGCCCGCGCUUCAGCCAAGGCGGCGGUCUCUGCAUCGGGCACGGAGGCGGCCGCGUGUGCAAGUUCGACGGCUGCGAAGCCAGCGCGCAAGCGCAAGGCUUCUGCUCCAAGCACGGUGGCAAGAAGCUCUGCAAGGAACCGGGCUGUCCCAACAAACGUGUUUUCCGCGGCUGCUGCAAGGCGCACGGCGGGAGCCGUACCUGUACACAUCCAGGAUGUACCAACAAGGACGUCGGCCGCGGCUUCUGCGUCUCGCACGGCGGCGGCACGAAGUGCGCGAUGGCCGGCUGCGACAAGGUCGAGCGCGGUGGCGGCUAUUGCAAAGCCCACGGCGGUGGGAAGCGCUGCUCGAGAGAAGAGUGCAAUGCGUGGGCGCCGCAUGGCGGCUUGUGCCCGACACACAAGUACGAGCCGCCGCCACCCCCCGCGCCGACGCCCGAGCCGCUCCGGUUUCUCUGCCAAUACAACAAGUGUCCAAAGAUCGACCUCGGAAAUGGCUUUUGCAAGGAGCACGGCGGGAAGCGCCAGUGCAUGCGCGAAGGCUGCAACAAGGCACAACAAUCGAAAAAACUCUGUCGCGAACACGGCGGCAGUCGCCUCUGCACGGUGGACGGAUGCACGAAGACGGCGCAGUACCUCCAGCUCUGCAAGGGCCACGGCGGCAAGCGCAAGUGCACCAUCGAGGGCUGUGAGAACGCUGUGAAAACGGCCGGGCAUUGCAUUCGCCACGGUGGCGGCACCAAAUGCCACACGGACGGCUGCAAGGGCGUCGACCGAGGCGGCGGCCACUGCAAAGCCCACGGCGGUGGCAAGAAGUGUGGCAACACCGAGUGCCGCAAGUGGGUGCUCGGGGGUGGCUUCUGUCCGGACCACGUCCCGGGAGUGGCUCCGUCGCCGGUGCCGGCGCGCCACAUCAAAGUACCCACCAAGCACAUUUCCAAGUCGCAGCGCCCGCACUUGCCUCCACAACAGCAGCAGCAGCACACCCUGCUCUCUACUCACGACGUCGAGCCGUACUCUCACCACCAUGCAGCCAUGUACAAUCCGCACCACCACCACACACAAGCCCCCUCGUAUCCCCAGCCGCGACCGCAGCAGCUACCCCGUCACCACCACCAUACGCACAUCGCGGCGCCGCCCUUGCACGCCGAGGUGAUGACGUAUUCGAUGCACUCGUACGCGCCGAGCUACCCACCACCGAUGCAGCAGCUCGCAUACCAGACGUACCUCGACAACCUGCACAUAAUCUAGUAGUCGUAAUGUCAGCGUCUGUGUUGUCUCUUCUAC